CGUCCCACUAGAAGCCACAAGAUGAAGGUCUGGCAGUGUGCGCUAUGGAUCUCCGCUCUCACAUUGCAGGCGGCUCGCUCUCAGUCUCCGGAUCGGGAAGAAUGGAUCAGAGAGGCCUUGGAUCUCUACAACCAGAGGGAAGAUGGAGAGUUCUUCUUUAAAUUCCUGUCUGAUCUCCCGGCCGCCCCCCUGGAGGAGGAGGGAGACUCUCCAGCGAUCGGCUUCCUGAUAAAGGAGACGGACUGCCCCAAAUCCGAGGACUGCGACCUGGAGAAACGUGACUACAGGAAGGACGGGGAAGUGAAGGUCUGCGCUCUGUACCGGGAGGAAGAGGAUGUGAAGUGCGUCAGCCUGUCCAAGGAUUCCCGCACCCGGCGAUCCGGCACCAAGAGAAACUGCAACUUCCUCUGCAAAGUCAAGCAGAGGCUGCGAUCUGCGAGCUCCACGUCUCACAUCGGGAUGGCUAUUCCUAGACCUCGAGGAUGAGCGAUACUUCGCUGCGUCGCUGCAAAAAGAGCGCGGCCCCCGACCUACCGCAAACCGCUUCUCCGCGCGCAACUUCUAUCACUGCGUCACCGGAUCCAGAAUAAUCAAUGAAAACCUUAAUAAAGCUUUCCUGCACUUCC